AUGGAAGAUGGUCACUCCCUUUUCGAUUACAGCGUGGGGCUGAACGACAUCGUUCAGCUGCUGGUCAGGCAAAGCCCGGCUGUGCUUCCUGCUGGGAGCAAGGAGAAGGAUCCCGAGCUCUCCGACACGGAUUCCGGCUGCGGCUCCGGCCAGAGCGACUCCGACAAGAGCUCCCACAACGGGGAGGCUGCCCUGGAACUGGAGGGACAGCCCAGCACAGCAGCACAGCCCGACUGGACCCACCCCGUCUUCGGCCUCUAUAAGAUCAACGACUUGGUGGACGCCCGGGACACCGACAUGGGAGCGUGGUUUGAAGCCCAGGUUGUGAAUGUGACCAGGAAAAAACCUGCCAGGGAAGCAGCUGAGAGCUGCACGACCCCUGGGCAGCCCCCAGUUGUCCCUGAGGAAGAUGUGAUCUAUCACGUGAAAUACGACGAGGAGGGGAAGGACAGGAUGAAAAAGCUGGGCCUAACAAUGCAGUAUCCUGAAGGAUAUUUGGAAGCUGUUGCAAAUAAAGACAAGGAAAAAGAAAAUAGCGAAGAUGAUGAGUUCGAUACCCCGGGGAGAGGAAAGAGGAAAAGGAAAUCAGCAGGUGGGGAGGAAAAACUCAUCCCCUCCCCAGCAGGGACUCCGAAGAAAACUAAAGUUGAACCAUACAAGCUGACAGCCCAGCAGAAAUCCCUUAUAAAAAGUGAUGAAGCCAAUGAAAAACUGUGGAAUGAAGUACUAGAGGCUCUCAAAGAUGGACCGAAAUUCCUGAAUAAGGUGGAGGAGGCCUUCCUGUGCAUCUGCUGUCAGGAGGUCGUGUUCCGGCCCGUCACAACCGUCUGCCAGCACAACGUGUGCAAGGACUGUCUGGACAGAUCCUUCCGUGCUGACGUUUACAGCUGCCCUGCCUGUCGCUACGACCUGGGCAAGAGCUACAGGAUGGAGGUGAACGAGCCCCUGCAGGACAUCCUCACCCAGCUCUUCCCCGGCUACGGCAACGGCCGGUGAUUCUGUCAAAAGCACUUCUCGAUCCCUUGGGUUCACACUUGCCAUGGGCUUAAUUUAAAAAGAAAAACAAAACAAAACAAAAAAAAUCACAACAAAGCAGUAGUCCGUGUUCUCCC